AUGGCGGGCGAGGGAGGCGCGUUCCGGCUGCUGAUCCUCCUGGGCACGGCCAGGACGUUGCGGGGCCUCACCCGCGGCCUCUUCCCAGCAGGGCGGUUCGUGUCCGUCUCGCGGGAACCGGCGGCGCGGCUCUGGGCCCCGGACGGUCUUAACAGGGGUUUUACUGAAAUGCACUGUAUGAGUGGCCACUCAAAUUUUGUAUCUUGCGUGUGCAUCAUACCUCCAAGUGACCUCUAUCCUCGUGGACUGAUUGCAACUGGUGGCAAUGAUCAUAAUAUUUGCAUUUUUACAGUUGACAGCACAGCUCCUCUUUACAUCCUUAAGGGUCAUAAAAACACAGUUUGCAGCCUUUCAUCGGGGAAAUUUGGCACAUUAUUAAGUGGAUCAUGGGACACAACAGCCAAGGUGUGGUUGAAUGACAGAUGUAUGAUGACGUUACAGGGUCACACAGCUGCAAUAUGGGCAGUGAAAAUACUUCCUGAACAGGGAUUAAUGUUGACUGGUUCAGCUGACAAAACUAUAAAACUGUGGAAGGCAGGCAGAUGUGAAAGAACAUUCACUGGACAUGAAGAUUGUGUGAGAGGUUUAGCUAUUCUCAGUGAAACAGAAUUCCUUUCCUGUGCUAAUGAUGCUAGUGUUCGAAGAUGGCAUAUAUCUGGAGAAUGUCUGCAGGUGUACUAUGGACACACAAAUUACAUAUACAGCAUCUCUGUUUUCCCUCAAUGUAAAGAUUUUGUGACUACUGGAGAGGAUAGAUCUCUCAGAAUCUGGAAACAAGGGGAAUGUGCUCAAACAAUCAGACUCCCAGCUCAGUCUGUGUGGUGCUGCUGUGUGUUAGACAAUGGUGACAUCGUAGUUGGUGCAAGUGAUGGAAUUAUAAGAGUGUUUACAGAGUCUUUGGAACGUACAGCAAGUGCUGAGGAGAUUCAGGCUUUUGAAAAUGAGCUUUCCCAAGCAUCCAUUGACCCUAAAACUGGGGAUUUAGGAGAUAUUAAUGCUGAUGACCUUCCUGGAAGAGAACAUCUUAAGGAUCGUGGAACAAGAGAUGGACAGACACGGCUUAUUAAAGAUAAUGGUAAAGUAGAAGCAUAUCAAUGGAGUGUUAGUGAAGGAAGAUGGAUAAAGAUUGGUGAUGUUGUUGGUUCUGCCGGAGCCACACAACAGACGUCUGGAAAAGUUUUAUUUGAAGGAAAGGAGUAUGACUAUGUUUUCACUAUUGAUGUAAAUGAAAGUGGGCCUUCCUACAAACUGCCAUAUAACAUCACUGAUGAUCCUUGGCUGAGUGCAUACAACUUCCUGCAAAAGAAUGAUCUAAAUCCUAUGUUUCUGGAUCAGGUGGCGAAGUUUAUUAUGGACAACACUAAGGGGCAAACACUGUUAAGUUCAAGUGCUCAAUUUUCAGAUCCAUUUACAGGUGCUGGACGUUAUGUUCCAGGCUCUUCAUCUGGAUCGAAUACAAUACCUGGGGCAGAUCCAUUUACAGGUGCUGGUCGCUAUGUUCCUGGUUCAGCAUCAAAUGCAGGAGCUGCAGUGGGCGGAGUUGAUCCAUUUACAGGAAUGGGUGCCUACCAGUCAGCUGCAGCUAAAGCUGAAAAUAUUUAUUUUCCGAAGAAGGAUGCUGUCACCUUUGAUCAGGCCAAUCCUACGCAGAUACUGGGCAAAUUAAAGGAACUUAAUGGCACAGCAGCUGAAGAACAUAAGCUUACAGAAGAUGACUUGAUAAUCCUAGAAAAGUUAUUAUCUGCAACAUGCAACACCUCUGCAGAAACACCUACAGCACAGCAACUUCAGACUUUAUGGAGAGCAGUUAACUGGCCAGAAGAUAUUGUCUUUCCGGCCCUAGACAUUCUUAGAUUGUCUGUCAGGCAUCCCACUGUGAAUGAAAACUUCUGCAGUGAAAAGGAGCAUGUACAAUUAAUCGUCCUUCUCCUUAAAUUUCUGAACCCUAAAGGAAAGCAAGCAAACCAGCUGUUGGCACUUAGAGCUCUUUGCAAUUGUUUUGUCAGCCAUGCAGGUGAGAAGCUCAUGAUGGAACAGAGGGAUGAAAUAAUGACACAAGCAAUAGAAACUAAAUCGGGCAAUAAUAAGAACAUCCACAUUGCGCUGGCCACACUGACAUUGAACUAUGCCGUAUGUUUACAUAAAGUCAACAAUGUUGAGGGCAAAGCUCAAUGUUUAUCAGCCAUCAGCACAGUUAUGGAAGUUGUUCAAGACCUUGAAGCCGUUUUUAGACUCCUUGUGGCUCUUGGGACGCUUAUCAGUGAUGAUACAAAUGCUGUGCAAUUAGCUAAGUCUCUUGGAGUUGACUCUCAAAUAAAAAAGUAUGCCUCUGUAUCGGAACCAGCUAAAGUAAAAGAAUGCUGUAGGUUUGUUCUUAAUCUGCUAUAAUAACUUUUAGCACUUGGGAGACACAGUGUAUGCAGAAAAAAGAUGCUUCUAUUCAUAUUUUAUGACAGAUUAUACUUGAGAAAAUACUGGGGAUUAAUUACACUUGAUUUGUUGCAAAAUGCAGAGCAAAUAAAAAUUUUUUCACUGUUUGUCAUUUGACUGCUUUUCUGAAGAGUAUGAUGCACAGGAUCUUUUCAACAAGUCCUGACACUGCUCAGAUCAAAAUAGAUCACCAAGAUCAAACCAUCUCAGUACUUACAGGUCAUCUAGAUGGAAAGGUAGGAAAUGCCUGUUAUUUAGUGACUGUCAACUCUGACACCCACUCCAGCCACAUUUCUUUGUUUCAGCAUGAUGAGUCUGUUUCUUGACUUGCUUUUUGUCAGCAGUGAAGGGGUCCUGAGAACUGUUCAGUAGUGCAUUUCACAAGCUUAUUAGUUAACAUUGGUUAAUAUUAACCCUUGUCAAAUAGCCUGGUAAGGAAUUUUUUCAUCAGCUUUUCUCCACUUCCUUUCGAAAGCUAGCUGUUUGUGGCUCUUACUGUUUUUUAACCCAGAACUAGGGGACUUCUAGAGGGGUAGAAUCUCUGAUUGCAUAUGGAUGAUGACCUUCACUCACAAGUUUGUAUCAUGCAGCUUGUAAAAUAGCGUGAACUUCUACAGAAGCUUUUACCUGACUUUUUAACUUUUAAGGACAGGAAUACCCCACCAAUUCAUAGCAAGUGUCUUACUCCAGAAAGUAUGCUGUAAAAUUCAAGAUGAUUAAAAAGAAGAGGAGCCAUCUUGAAGAACGGGAGAAAAAUUUAGGUGCAGAGAACAGAUCGAACAGCAGAAGCUUGAAGAUGCUUCCUAGACAUGGCCUUGUCUGUCAGUGUUUAAGAGGCAUUUGGACAAUGUCCUUAACAAGAUAUGCCAACUUUUGGUCAGCCAAAAAGUGGUCAGGUGGUUGGACUAGAUCAUUACAGGUUCUUUACAACUGAAAUAUUCUAAACUGUAUGAAUAUAAAGCCAAGUUUUAUGCAAUAGCUUUAACUUCAUAACUGUGGUGACUGUGAAAAGGGAAAAUAAUAUUUUACAGCUCAUUCCAGCAGAUCUAAGAUGUUCAGCUCCAAAGGGGAAUGUUACCUUCUACUACUCCUGCACUACAUUUGGAUUUAGAAUUAAGAUAAACUGAAGAUGGUCAAUGUUCCAGUUACAUUUUUCAUUAGACUAAUAGAAUGGAAAACAUGAAAAAAAAAAUGGGCAAGCUUUUCUGGCACAUGAGUUCUGGCACAUACCUGCCUGUGUUAUCUGCCACAGAUGAACGUUUAUGUGACCAAGAGCUCUGACUUUUUUUUUUUUUCUAUAUCUACCUGAACUGUCUGAAUUACUACACUACUUCCAGAAAAUCUUCCUUCUCAGAUUCUUAGUUGCACACUUGUACUGUGUCCACUGUUGAUGGAUUUCUAGAUAUAUACCCUUACAAACAGUCUUAAUCAUGGUCUUAGCCACAGGUUUUCUCAUUUGAUCCAUUGCAGGUUCAUGUAUUAGGCAGUCAGAGAGAUUAUUGGGGAUUUACAGUGCUCAGUAGAUGAACCUCUUCCUGCGAAAGCAUCUAAGAAGCUACCAUUAGGAAACAUGUCUGUGAAAUAAUGUGCCUGUCUGUUGAAUUUUGGUUGCCUACUAUACAAUUGUUCUUGAAACUUUAGCUUUUAAAUGUUGUGCUCUAUAACUGUGUUUGUACAUGUGCUAUUUUAAAAAAACUAUACUUGUCUUAACAUUUUGAUUUUAUUAUUGUGGGAUUGCUCUGUUACAGGUUAUCUCUUCACGUGAAAAUUGUCAUGAAUUUCCCAGACCAAAAAUUAAUGUUUAUAUUAAUAAACAUACUCUGGCAACUCCAA